AUGGCGAAUCCCCUGCUCCACCACGUACCACCGAAUUCCAAUCCGAAGCAGUUCGUGCUCUGCUUCGACGGUACUGGUAAUAAGUUCGCCGGUGACGAGUCCGAUAGCAAUGUCUUGAAAAUCUUUCGCAUGCUGGAUCGCAGCAAGAGCCACCAGUACCAUUACUACCAACCUGGAAUCGGCACUUACGUGACUUCCAAAUCGCUGUCCAGCCAUGGUCGCAUCCAGCGCAUCAAGUCCUGGUACCAGAAGGCCAAGGACUCCGCAAUCGGCUCGUCCUUCGACGAGCACGUUAUGGGCGGCUAUAAGUUCCUGAUGCGAUACUAUUCCCCUGGGGACCAGAUCUUCUUCAUCGGAUUCAGUCGCGGUGCGUAUAUCGCGCGCUUCCUGGCCGAGAUGCUCGACUAUAUCGGUCUCCUCGAAGCCGGAAAUGAGGAGCUGAUCCGUUUCGCCUGGAAAACCUUCGCCAAGUGGCAGCAGCGCUCAGGCGAAGCGGAAGACAACCAGGAAGAGAAGAAGAAGCUUUUCGAAUAUAUGAAGGCCUUCCGUGAAACCUUCAGUCGCCCGAUUUCGCGCAUUCAGUUCAUGGGUCUCUUUGAUACUGUCAAUAGUGUUCCCCGGUUCGAGAACGCGUGGAUGCAGCGCAGCAAGUUCCCUUACACUGCGCGCAGUUCCGCACAUGUGAUUCGACAUGCGGUUGGGAUUGACGAGCGUCGUGCCAAGUUCCGUCAGGAUUUGAUUUCUGGCAAACGUCCUCAUGACAAGACGCAUAAGCGCCAUCGCCCUCAUUUCACGCCGCACCGUCUGGAGAACCACAUGGCGCGCCAUACCGAUGCGCAACACCACUUGCACCUCCGCCACCAGGACAAAGUAGCUGCCCAGGCUGCCCAGGCUGCUCAGGCUAACGAGAACCCGGCUGUUCCCUCAAUUCAGGUGAAUGACAACGCCCAGAAUGGUGUGGCGGACGUCGGAGGUUUGACCGAGGAAGAAAAGACACUCGAAGAAUUUAGCUGGGGUCCCGCCGCAGGCGAGUCAUUAUACCGCAACCACCCACGCGAAGGUUCCUCUCACCAGGGAAGCGACCUCGGAACUGAGAAGCAGCAACGAUACCGUCCCCCAUCUCCCAACCGUUCCAACCGGAGCAUCAGCCUCGCUGUUCCCAACGGCGGCCCUGCCCCAGGAGAUGACAACCUGUCCGUACGCAGCGGCCAGUCUGGCGGCGGUCUCUCCCUCUUGGCCCCCAGCAACGCCGGCGAUGACUACGGCAGUGACGAGGAAGACCAAGACAUCCACGAGAUCUGGUUCCCAGGCUGCCACGCAGAUAUCGGUGGCGGUUGGAAACUUGAUGGCGGUGAGCUAUGGGCCCUGAGCCACGCACCGCUCGUAUGGAUGGUCCAGGAAGCCCAAAAAGCCGGUCUGGAGCUGGACGAGCGCAAGAUGAAACAAUUCCAGUGCCUAGAGGAGUACGGCGGCGACUAUACCCCGAUCCAAGAGGAAAUCGCCGCCCGACGACCUAGCCAGAUCUGUCGCGAGGCGCACAGCGAAAAGGACGACCCGAAUGCCUACCGCGAGGGCCCCGACGACAAGCAGCGCUCAGCUGCCAGCCGCGACUUCUGGCACGCCCUGCACACAUCCAGCACCAAGGGUCUUCUACACGACUGUCUAGAGUUCAACCAAGGCCUCCCCGCGACUUCAGUCAUCUCCUGGAAAAUCAUGGAAUGGCUCCCCUUCCGCCGCAUGGAUCUCCAAUCCGACGGACAAUGGAAACCCAUCCGCUGGCCUCUUCCCCGCGGCGAAGUCCGCGACGUCCCACUCGAGGCAGAAAUCCACGUCUCAGCCAUCCGACGCAUGCAAGCGGACCCUAAGUACCGACCCGGCAAUGUCAUCGUCGGAGGCGGAGGUCGUGGCGUGCGGUUUGCGCCAGAGGACAAGGGCAUGGGUGACUGGGUUGUUCUCAAGCACGAGGGCGAUUCAGUGCGCGAGACGUACGUGCGCUCAGAAAUGGCGGCCAAGUGUAAGGAGGAGUGGGUUCACCAGCUUGCGCACCAUCCGCACCACCAACACUGA